CACUCACGCUGCUGGAAGUCGGUGUGUGUAUGCACGGUCACACGGGGGGCGCCAAAACAGCGAUAAGGGUUCUUCUGAUUGGGCCAUGCAUGGACCGGUACAAGUCUACGCCGGCAAGUCGUCCUCGGUAGCCACGAACGCUUCUCACAUCUGCUUAAUUGCUGAGAUUACGCUCCUCCUCAAGCACACCACCAUCAACUCCAAUUUGGCUCUUGAGCAGGCAUCUACGCGCACCAUGUCAGCUCGAUCCAUUCCCAAGGCUGCAUCGCAGCUUCUAAAGACUCAGGGCGCUACUCUGGGACGCGUGCGCGCAGCGGGUGCUGCGAACGCUGCUCACAAGCCCGAUGUGCCUUCCUUGGCAAGAGGCCAGGCAUCAGCAGCUGAUGCGUCUCAGAGACUGACACCAGAGCCGUUGCCGACGCUGGACACGACGCCUUCCGUCUCUUCCAUUCCUCGAGGCCCCGCUCCGCCGGACGGGACGACGCGACAUGACUGGAGAAGAGCCGAGGUAGCAGAGAUUUACAACUCUCCAUUGCUGGACCUGAUCUUCAGAUCGGGCGCUGUGCAUAGGGUGCACCAUCCUCCUGGUUCCGUACAGCUCUGCACCCUCAUGAACAUCAAGGAAGGCGGUUGUUCCGAAGACUGUGGAUAUUGCAGCCAGUCCAGCAAAUACACUACUCCUAGCACUCCAAGCAAGCUUUCAGAGGUGGAUGAAGUCCUAGUGGAGGCUAGAAAAGCUAGAGAUAAUGGUUCCACACGCUUCUGCAUGGGUGCAGCUUGGAGAGAAGUGGGCGGCCGUAAGAGAGGAUUCAACCGCAUUCUUGAGAUGGUCAGCGAGAUUCGUGGCAUGGGUAUGGAGGUGUGCACCACCCUAGGAAUGCUGACUCCGGAGCAGGCGGUGCAGCUCAAGAACGCUGGGCUAACCGCAUACAACCACAACCUCGACACCAGUCGAGAGUAUUAUGGCAAGGUCGUCACCUCACGCACCUACGAUGACCGGAUCUCAACUCUCGAAGCCGUACGAAAUGCGGGAAUUUCUGUUUGUUCUGGUGGCAUACUUGGUCUCGGCGAAGAGGCAGCUGAUCGUGUUGGUUUGAUCUGGGAGAUGAGUCGACUGCCGGAACACCCCGAAAGCUUCCCCGUCAAUGCCUUGGUCGCAAUUCCCGGAACUCCGAUGCACGGCAACGAGCCUGUGGACAUCCGAACCAUGCUGCGCACGAUUGCGACUGCACGCCUCGUGCUGCCUACCUCUAUCAUCCGCCUUGCGGCAGGUAGACACCUCUUCACCGAGUCGGAACAAGCGAUGUGCUUCUUGGCCGGUGCCAACGCGAUCUUCACCGGUCACAAGAUGUUGACGACCCCUACUAGUGGAUGGGAUGACGACAAGGCGAUGCUGGAGAGAUGGGGCUUGAGAGGCAUGAGAUCUUUCGAAGAGAAGAGGAUGACAAGUCAUGCGCCCGAGCAGCACCCUGUGGAGGGCGCGUCACCCGAUCUUAGGGCCGAGCAGGAGGGAAUGGGCUUGCAGCGCAAUGUUGCUGCGCUCUGAAAGCGGAUCGAGCGUUAGCAAUCUGCACUGGCAGGUGUUUCUUCCAGAGUACAUACUUCUGCAUCCUCGAAAACGAAUGCAAAAAGUUCUAGAUUCACGUCUUGCCUGUCUCGGGUUUAUACAGGGGCGCCUUCGCGCUACCGAGACACUGCGACUCUGAGCUUAACAUACCAUUCGUUGACUCGCUCAUUUGAGUGGACCGCACCUCUGCUUCCUCGGCUGUAGAAGGUUGUGUGGUCAAUGCAUCUGGGCAGGGCUUUACUCUACAUACUCUACAUGCAAGAAGGUUCUGACGGAGAGCAAGGCAAAGAGAAUCCAGCCAAUCUUGAGUCACGAACAUGGGGUUCCAUCACUCGCCGCUCAUUGCACCGAAAGCUGACGAGCAUGAAGCACGUGCCGGCGCUCAGCUGGGUUUUCAUGUAUUCCUGAUGGCUGAUAUCCCCGAUAAGGC